UUCUGGUAGGUUUUUUCAAACCCUAGUUCGCUCCGUCGAUGGCGUCCGGUCAUCCUGAGAACGAGGUCGUCUCGGAUCCAAAUUCCUUGCAGAAUGAGAACCCUAGCUCCGGGGAGGCUGUGUCCAACGCCAUCAUUGAUGUUUUGCUACGUCUCACCUUAUGGCGAUCUCCAGAAGGUCCUGGACUUCGUGGCGAGGGAGGGGCACCGUCUCUAAGCCCGAUGGCAAUGGCUACCAUGCCCUCCAGUGGGCCGUCCUCAAUAACCACGUCGAUGUCGCUCAGUAUAUCAUCGAGAAUUCAAUUAAUGUUGACAAAGUGCAUCUCCAUGACCUUCCAUGCCAUCAAGUGCAGCAGGUGAUUUGUUCGCUUUGUGGCACCCAACAAGAGGUUGGUAUUAAACUACAUCACAUGUUGUCCCAACAUU